GGCCUCCUCAGCUUUCAGCUGAAACUUUUCAGCAGGAGGACAAAUUACUAGAGCUGGAGCCCCCACAUAAGAUGGACCUGGACACAGAGCUGGAGGAGGAGGAGGAGGAAGAGGAGGAGGCAGAGGCUGUGCCACCGCUGGAGUGGUGCCUGGCACCCAUGCUCAAGCCUGAGGCCAAGCUGAGCUCCAACUUGGAGGCCGGCAACGAAGACCUGGAGGAAGAGAGGUACAGAGUAGAGCCCAUCCACCCCUACAUGGAGGAGCCGCUGGAGGACGACACCCACCAGCUGGGCUACCCAACUCCUGUGGAGGAGGAACCAGCCACCCCCUCCCAUAACUCCAUCCACGUGCAGACCUCCAAGCACCUCUUCUGGGCAGACAAGGUCACUCAGGCCUCAGAACAGAACCUGCAGCGGGAGACCAGCAGGCAGCUGAGUGAGAAGAGCAUCAGCCCCCUGAACCAGGAGUCGGUCUCCAAGGACGCCCUGUGCUCCGAGAAGCCGCUCCAGAACCCCAGCACCCAGCCAGAGCUUCCAGACACCGGCUCCAGCCUGCCGUCGAGCACCCACUCCUCCUCCAGUCUCCCACCGGUCAUCAGCCUGCAGGAUGUGGUCAACUUGGCCACUUCCCUGGCCAUAGCGUCCUCCAGCAAGGUGGACCUGUCCAGUUUGGAAUACGUGAUGAAAGGUCCCCAGCAGAAGUCCAUGGAGCCCUGUCCAGCGCCGCCGCCCUCGGUGGAGAGUGCCACCCCUUGUGCCAAGGAGGAGCCAGAGCAGGAAAAGCCCCCUGAGUUGCUAAGGGAGCCACCAGAGAAACUGCUGGAAGCCGGGGAGCCAAAGAAAGUGUGCAAGCAGAAAGACAAGAACGAAUUGCCCCUUCACCUUGACUUGAGCAAGCUGGGGUCCCAGAAGGCCAUCAUUGAAGGGAAAGUGACGUUCCUCCAGACCCCAGUCACGUCCUCUCCACCGACGAGAGACAGGAAAGACCCGGGGCCAGGAACCAAGAAAGGGAGUCCAUUAUUGCUGAAAAUCCAUUUUAAGCUGUCGUCCCCCUCUUCCCCAGAGAAAUAACUAGACGAGACCAAUAAAGCCUCCAGUGCUGG